AUGGCUAAUAAUCUAGACUUCGACCAUGGCGACCACCAACACGAUUCUCUGGCAUCUGUCACCGACUGUAUCUUGGGCCUCAGAAAGAAGGUCGACAGCAACGAACUCCCAGGCUUCGUGGAGCUGAUAGACGACUGGUUUGAUCCAAAAGUCGAGGUGGACGAAGAGCAGUUCGUCCGCCGGUUUCUGCAUACUUUCAAACAGACCGAUAAAGAUUUCACCUAUGAGAAAAUCAUCGGCGACUAUGACGACGACGUGCAGGAAAUCUUCAACGACUUUGUCGACGGCAAGAUUGACGCCAAAGAAGCCGGUCAACGAUACACUCAGGCUACUGCGGACAAAGGCCCAGUAUUCAAGCGGGAUAUACGUCGAGGGGGUCUUGCUGCUGCCAUCCCUGACGGGCCAAACAUCCUCUCCGAACCGAUCAACUUGUUGAAGGCAGCUCCAACGAGCAUCCCUUCUCGCAUUCGAGGGUUGUUUGCAAAGCUCUUCCCAUCUCUGAAAGACCCCAGACGCGCACUGUAUAUUCCGACGUACAAGAACCUCGAGUUUCUCAACCACGGCCGCACGGUGGAAAAUACCCCGGCACUGACAUGUGUGCCCAACACUGCUCAAGAUGUGUGCGAUAUCAUCAAAUUUGCGAAGAAGCAGAACAUGGGUGUUCGUGCCUCUGGGUUUCGUCAUUCAUGGUCCCCGGUCUUUGGUCGAUCCAACAAGAAAGGUAGCGAGAAUAAUGGAGACAUCCUGAUUUCAACGCUGGGGCUUAUCGACGCUUCGAUCCUGCCGAAUCUCACAUCCCUGCCGACUGAUAUCUUCCAACCUCGAGCGAAGGACCUCAACUCGAUUGUGGUCGUCGAUUACACCUAUGUCAGAGGUCCUCAGCUCACCGGCGGCAAGAAGUAUGUUCGAGUCGGGACAUCGACAACCAACGAGCAGCUUCGCAGAUGGUGCAUUGACACUGGCAAAGUUACCAUGCCAAUGAAUAUUGUGGAAGUUGAAAUCACAAUGGGAGGAAGCAAUGCCACGAUUUGCCAUGGUGGUGGUAUUCAAAAUCCAACCAUCUCCGAUCUCGUCCGUUGUAUGGAAUAUGUCGACGUCAACGGCGUGCUCCGCAAAAUUGACAUGUCUACUCCCGACAUUCUCAGAGCCGCUGCAGGCUGUUUCGGUCUUAUCGGCAUCGUCACCCAUCUCGUCCUCGAGCUGGACCCGCUGUCGUGUGCUCUUAUGGAACCCCGCAAACUUCCUGUCAUCGAAGCGAUUCCUCCUCCACCAGGUAUGCCAGAUUCGGCCAUUCCUGCCCCUUUGCGGGCGAAGAAUCCCUUGAGCGCAGAACGAAAAGCCGAGAUUCAACGAGAUUUCGAAACUCGCGCUACGACAACCGACUACGCCGAGUGGUUCUGGUUUCCUUAUUCAAGUGAAGUCUGGGUCAACACCUGGCACAAGACACUCGAUACAUCCAAUGCAGUGACCUAUCCGAGCAGCGCAAAGACCAUCUUGCAGGUUUUUGGCACUUUCAUGGUCCAAAUCGCGCAAGACGCGACAAUCCUGCUGAAAUUGACCGAGGCACUUCCGGAGACGCAGACGAAGCUGCUCACCUGGCUGUCGAUGAAGAACUUGGAUGACGUCGGUCUGAGUGGGAAGGUCAUCAAGACUUGGGUUCCUGAUGCAUUACACUUUCAGAGGGGUGUCCAGAAUCUUCGGGUGAGAGAUUUGGAAGUCGAAUUCCCACUUCAGCCGAAAGUGAAGCCGGGUGUCAAUGGAGCAGCCAACGGAAUUGGUAAUGGCCAUGUCAAUGGCACCGCCAAUGGAGCCGCCAACGGCGCAGUAACAGCGGCACCACCCCCCAAAACUAAAGAGAUUGACCUGACCCUCGUACAACAGGCUUGGUGGGAUGCGAUCCUCUCCUGUUAUGCCGCCAUCAAAACAUGUCCUCAACGCAUGCCUCUCGAGAUGCGCAUCAUGGCUGGGUCACAGGUGACUCUUGCGCCACAACGCGGUCAUGCGCUGGGAACGUGCGCGAUCGAGAUCCUCAGUCUGCACAACGUCGCCGAUAUCUGGCCAGCUUAUGCACAGAAAGUCUUGGACAAGUGGACGAGCUAUAAAGACCACGAAGGCAAAAUGGUGCCUGUGCGCGCGCAUUGGGCAAAGGAGUGGUAUGGAUAUACUGUGCAUGGGAGACGGUGGGAGGAAAUCUUUAGAGGAGAAGAGAGCCAGAAUGGCGGGUUCAAGAACGAGAUUGCCGAGUGGAGGGGCCUAGUGGGGAGGUUGGCAACUAGAGACGGCUGGAAAAUCCAAGAUGCGAGGAGCAGGUUUGGAAACGAACUUCUCGACUGGAUGUUUUGGCAAGAUGGGUCGGCGAAGGUGGCUGCGCCGAAUGGGGUGGCUGUCAGUGCUUCUUCUCCCCCAGAGAAGAAGCCCGGAAUUGCUAAGCGGGUGUUCAAGAGCUGCUUUGGGAAAUGA